GGGGCGCUCUGUAGAGAGAGGCCCGGUCGGUGUGAGGGUAAAAAAAAAACGAGGAAGCCUCUCUUUCCUCCAUCCUCCAGUAUUAUGAAUUAAAAUCUGUUAGUUUGAAUUCAUCCCGAAGGAACUCUUUAAAAACGCGUGUAAAUUAAUCCAAGAUGUCUGCGAGCGCCGUGUACGUCUUGGAUUUAAAAGGAAAGGUCCUGGUGUGCCGAAAUUACCGGGGAGAUGUGGACAUGUCGGAGAUCGAGCACUUCAUGACCCUUCUGAUGGACAAAGAGGAGGAGGGGACGCUGUCUCCGAUCCUGUCCCACGGGGGAGUCCGUUUCAUGUGGAUCAAACACAAUAACCUCUACUUGGUUGCAACAUCCAAGAAAAAUGCUAGCGUUUCGCUGGUGUUUUCCUUCUUGUACAAAAUAGUUCAGGUUUUUUCAGAGUAUUUCAAGGAAUUGGAGGAGGAGAGCAUUAGAGAUAACUUUGUCAUCAUUUAUGAGCUGAUGGAUGAGCUGAUGGACUUUGGCUAUCCUCAGACCACUGACAGCAAGAUUCUGCAAGAAUACAUUACCCAGGAGGGGCACAAGCUAGACACUGGCGCCCCGCGACCCCCCGCCACUGUCACCAACGCUGUCUCCUGGAGGUCAGAGGGCAUCAAGUACAGGAAGAACGAGGUUUUCCUGGACGUCAUUGAGUCAGUCAACCUCCUGGUCAGUGCCAAUGGUAAUGUUCUUCGCAGUGAGAUCGUCGGCUCCAUUAAGAUGCGUGUCUUCCUGUCUGGGAUGCCCGAGUUGCGGCUGGGCCUUAACGACAAGGUUCUGUUUGAAAACACUGGACGAGGGAAGAGUAAAUCAGUAGAGCUGGAAGAUGUCAAGUUCCACCAGUGUGUCCGCCUGUCUCGCUUUGAGAACGACCGCACAAUCUCCUUCAUCCCUCCGGAUGGAGAGUUUGAGCUCAUGUCCUAUCGCCUCAACACUCAUGUGAAACCCUUGAUCUGGAUUGAAUCGGUUAUUGAGAAACACUCCCACAGUCGGAUCGAGUACAUGAUCAAGGCGAAGAGUCAGUUCAAGAGGCGUUCCACGGCCAACAACGUGGAAAUCCACAUUCCUGUGCCAACGGACGCCGACUCACCCAAAUUCAAGACCACAGUGGGCAGCGUGAAGUGGGUCCCAGAGAACAGUGAGAUCGUCUGGUCGAUCAAGUCCUUCCCUGGUGGAAAAGAGUAUUUGAUGCGAGCGCACUUCGGUCUGCCAAGUGUAGAGGCUGAAGACAAGGAGGGGAAGCCACCAAUCAGUGUCAAGUUUGAGAUCCCGUACUUCACCACCUCAGGCAUCCAGGUGCGUUACCUGAAGAUCAUCGAGAAGAGUGGAUACCAGGCCUUGCCGUGGGUGCGCUACAUCACCCAAAAUGGAGAUUACCAGCUCCGGACCCAGUAGGCAGCGCUGCAGCCGGCAGGUGGAAAUCAAGAGUGGGUGGAGUCGAGCCGCUAAUGUGCUCCCAAUGGCAGGUGUCAGUCCGAGGACUGUCGGUGUCUGCUUUCCUUUAGUUUUUAUUAUUUGUUGGAAGUUAUAUUCAUUUCUGAUCAAUGCAAAUAUUAGAUGGAGCCUUUGGGUAGGUUAAAAAAGUAAUUAUAUUUUACUACUGUGUGGGCGAGGCCAAGAAGAGCAGGAGUAAUGUUUACAUCCAACUGAUUCGGUGCAGAGUUGUACACAAUCUAUCACAGUGGGUCAAACGGCUUGAAAGCAGAUGUUACGAUUCUGGUUUUAAAGUUCCUGUACUCACCUCCUCACAGGUCAAUAACACACUCAUCGGUCACUCUGAUAUUUUUUACAUGAAGCCUCUUCGUUCUGCCACAUUUCCUCUUUGUUGAUUAUCUGUAUAUAUUUGUUACAUAUGAAUGAACUUGGAUUCAGUGUUAUUAGUUUGAUAACUGUAAAUUUAAAGAGUUAAAAAUUCCUUCAUUUUGUAUUAUCGUCGAAACAUGUCAGAGCAAUGCCUUCCUGCUUGGCUGUUGUGCUUUUUAUUCCUCAUCAGUUUGACUCCCCUUACAUUCAGCUUUGCAAAAACAAAAAAAAACAUGAAAUGCUGUGAAGAAAACCAGUAAAAAAAAUUACGCUCUUUUCCAGCCCAGCACCUGUUUCCCUUCUCUCCCCCCCCCCGUCUGCAACCACACUAUUUUAAAUCAUUAAAUGUCUAUUUAGAGAAAACUG